AUGGAGGACUCAAACACCACGACAGCCCCCUCCUUAGUGCCACUUCUUCAGGGUAUACGCGCCUCCAAAUCCGUUGACAGCCCUCCUAUAGAAAGGAGAGACGCGAGUUACCAAGAAAGUGUCACUGGAGGUAAUACAGAUGUCAACUUUACUGAAGUUUCGGAAUACAUGCAAUCAAAACAUGCUCAGUUUUACGCAGACCUCCUUGGAUGCUAUCGCUUUCUUGAGCAGGAAAAUUCCAAACUCCUUCAACUAAUUCGUGCAAAUAAGAGACCAGAUUCUCCCCCACUUCGCAUUGAAAAAUUGUUGGAUGUGUUUUCCUUCAAGAUUGCCACAGCCAAAGAUAUGCACGAGCGAAGAACGAUCGAAGAGGGCAGCGUGGAAGGCCGGCAGGCUUUUUUGGCGAAACGCUGGAAGAGUCGCUACUAUGCCUUACUAGAACUGACAGAAUGCUAUCUCAACUUGCUCAAACUUAAAACGGUUCUUGAAAAGGAGGUAUCUACGAUUAACGAAAGGGAAAGGGAUUUGAAGCUCUUAAAUGAGCUCAUUCAAAACAUAGAAAAUAUCAUGGGUCCAUGGAUUGUUGAUAAGGACAUAAGCGAAACUGGUGGUGAUUUGCCACUAAAGGACCUGGGCUGUGGCGAAUCUGCGUCUGGCAGUGUUUCCAGUUACAGUGAGUAUGCGGCAAACGACCUUGUUGUUCCACUUUCUAGUGUCUUUCUCAUGGAUGUGCUUUCAAACCACAAACUUUGUACUCAGAAAAUAAAGCAGCAUUUGGAAUUGAAACCACAAGUGCUUCACAUUUUUCGAAAGGAGAAGGAGCGACGGGAUCAAAUGAAGAGACAAUGUCGUCACCUAAGAGAUGAGUUGAAUGCACUGAGGCGGCACUACACAGCUGCAUGUAUGCAAUUGGAAAACUUUGGCAGCAUCCGUGAUGACGAUGACGGCAACGACGGUGACGAUGACGAUGACACCCAGACAGCAAUCUCAAUUUCGAAACUUGCUGUUCGAAAAGAGGAGGUAGAGGAGGGGAUUGAAGAGGAAAGUCUUGUAAGUACCAAUGAAGUGCCGGAGACAGUGUCUGAGGUGCAAAAGCUUUACAAGUAUAAAAAGAAGUUAAGCAUCCAGAUUCGCCAGAUUCAAAGUGCUUUGAGAGAGGAGGAGGCACAGUUGGCUUUGACCAUGAAGCGCCUUCAGCGGGUGACUGGCACAAUUCAUGCAUUCGUAAGACUUAUCAAUUAUAAACCGGGAGCCUCCCACAUUGAGAUGAUUUCUCACAACAAACUUCUGGUGAACUAUAAGGACUGCUUUAUCCUUGAUGGGAUUCGCAAGGCUGAGGAGGGAGUGGGCGUGUUGUACAGUGAUUUGGGUGGACUUGUGACGGGCUGUUUCCACGAUGGUCCUGUGACGACUGUCACCCUCGGGCUAGAUGCAGAAGACCUACUUCUAUCGGAUACUGAGGGACUGGCGUUGUUUGAAGUUAAACACCUCAUUAACCGUUUUGAGACUUUAGAUGAUGCAGAAUUCUACGUUUAUGCUUUUGCCAUUGCGUGUACUUACAGCUGUGUGAUAAACCUUGUCGAGGAACACCCUGCUGUCGAGCUUAUCCGCCGCGAGCAUGCCGAUUCAGAUUUCAUGGAACUGAGCAAGAGUUGCGUGCGGAUUGAAAAUGCUGACAGUUUCAUCAGUUUUUUGCGUUGGUUAAAGGCAAAUAAGAAGGCAAGGGAAAAAGGUCAAAUUGCUUUAUUACUGCGAUUGGUUAGACAAGACCGUAUAAAAAAAAUUGUUACGCAUACCUCAUGGCUCUACUUCUAUCCCCUCUUCUCUUCCGUUGAAAGAGACGCAAUGGCCGACUUAUUUCAGACCCUAAGAAAGCGAACUAGACCAAAUAUUGCCGAGACUCCUUUCACACAGAUGCUACAGAAGUCCCUCAUCGGCAGAACCAGAACUAUUAUUGUUUUGAAUGUCGAUUUGGCUUGCGAGCAGCCGUUGGAGAAUCUUGCAAACCUGGCCUUUGCAAAUGAUGCAGUCAAAGUUACAACUGAAUCCUCCUACCAACUGGUAGCAAGAUUUACUACCCAUAUUUAG